CACAGACGCAUGUAACAACUACACAAACAGUUCCGGCCGUCUGCUCCGGCUGGGACACAGUGUUUGUGUGAAAUGCGAGAAAAGGCAGAGAGCCUGAGAUCUGCUGGUGUGGAACAGCCUGAGCUGAUGGUGGUGGUGGAGAAGCAGCUGCUGCCGACAGACCGGACCUUUGAAGCUGGAUGUUGUCCUCACUGCUUCUGGAGACGAUGAGAACACAUCAUUUAAUGGGAUUACUGCUUUUUCUGGGCGGAUUUACAUUUACUCCUGUUUGUGUGCUCGAGCCGGGACGGUGUUAAGAUGAAGAGGGCCAAACACGUUAUAGAUGAGAUCAUGCAGCAGGAGAUCAGGCCCCUGCUGGCCGUGGACAUCAUAGAGCAGCUUCAUCGCCAGUUUGCCUUGCUUUCAGGGGGGCGAGGGAAAGAUGGCGCCCCCAUCAUCACCUUCCCAGAGUACUCAGGCUUCAGUGAAGUGCCAGAGGAAGAUUUCCUCAAUGUAGUUACUUACCUGACCAGCAUCCCCAGCCUGGAUGCUGCCAGUAUCGGCUUCGUCAUCAUUAUCGACCGGCGGAAGGACAAAUGGAGCUCAGUGAAGGCCUCUCUCUCCAGGAUCGCUGGUGCGUUCCCAGGAAACCUGCAGCUCGUUCUGGUGCUGAGGCCGUCCAGGUUCUUCCAGAGGGCCAUAGCAGACCUGGGGAUCAAGCUGCACAAGGAUGACUUUAAAAUGAAGAUUGUGAUGCUGAACUCGCUGUCCGACCUCCAUGGCUAUGUGGAUAAAGGCCAGCUGACGCGGGAGCUCGGAGGAAGCCUGGAGUACUGUCACAGUCAGUGGAUCCACCACCGAACUGCCAUAGAGAACUUCGCCUUGACAGUAAAAACCACAGCCCAGAUGUUACAGAAGUUUGGGACGGACCUGGCAGAGACCGAGCUACCCAAUGACGUCCAGUGCACCAAAGACCUGCUCACCGCACACACCGACAAACACAACAACCUCAAGGAUGAGCUGAAGCUGGCUUUGAGGCAGGGCACCACCUUGUUCAGCUGCAUCAAGGAGCAGGCGGCCAAGUCAGAGAACCAUGAACUCAACCCAGAUGAGAUGGAGAACCAAACCACAGUGGAAAGGCUCCUCGCCCAGCUGGAUGAAACAGAGAACGCCUUUGAACAGUUCUGGUGUAAACACCAUCUGAAACUGGAGCAGUGCCUGCAGCUACGCCACUUUGAACAGGACUUCAGAGAGGUCAAAGUGUCUCUGGACGGUCUGAUCGAGGCUCUGAACAGCCUGGUGGAUAUCGGGGACUGUGUGGCCAGAGUUGAACACCUGCUGAAGGACCUGAAAACACUGGAGGAGAAGGCUCAGCCCACGGUAGAGAAGGCCCAGCUCCACGCUCUGCACGGCGACCAGCUCAUCCAGAGCAACCACUACGCCGUGGACUCCAUUCGACCCAAAUGUGUGGAGCUCCGGAGAGUCUGCGACGACUUCAGCAACGAGUCCAAGAAAAAGACGGAUGUCUUGACCAAGUCGUUGCAGAUACACAUGGGCAUUGAUAAGGUGAACCAGUGGUGUGAGUCUGGCAUCUACCUGCUGGCGUCCCAGGCCGUGGACAAAUGUCAGUCACAGGAAGGAGCAGAAUCAGCCCUGACUGACAUCGAAAACUUUCUGGAUUCAGCAGAAAAGAACCAACUGACUGAACUGAGGAACCUCCACAACCAGUAUGAGGUCAUCCUGUCAGAGGAGAUCAAGGGUAGUGUUCUGAAGGCGCUGAAGCGACUGGAAGACGUCCAGGAGAUGUUUGAGAAGCGACACGUGAGUCUGAAGAGGCUAUCAGCUAAACAGACGAGGCCCAUCCAGCCUGUUGCCCCCCGGCCGGAGUCCUCCCCCAAGCGGCCCUCACUGAAAAACCCCCCCAGGACCACAGCAGGCCAGCAGCCUCUUGCUCGCAGAGCUUCUGAUAACUCCAACAGUGGAAAGCAGCCGGCUGAAGCUGAUCUCAACAAGAGGAAGAACAUACGCAAAACCAAGGGAGGCAUCAAGAUUGAGGUGAUGCAUGAGGAAAGCCAAGGAGGCUCCACACAUGUUGUUGUGACAAAUGAGACGGAGGAGAGUCUAUCCAACAGGCGCAGACACAUCAUGACCGAGCUCAUUGAAACGGAGCGGCUGUAUGUGGAGGAACUGCAGAGCAUCAUGGAGGGUUAUUUUGCUGAGAUGAACAACGCUGAGCUCAGCCACCUCAUCCCUCCGUUGCUGGAGAACAAAAGGGACGUGUUGUUUGGCAACCUGCCGGAGAUUUAUGAGUUUCACAACAGGACGUUCCUCAUGGAGCUGGAGAACUGUGCAGAGAAACCAGAGCUGGUGGGAACCUGUUUUCUGAAAAGAAAAGAAGAGCUUCAGGUGUAUGAGAAGUACUGUCAGAACAAACCUCGCUCUGAAGUGCUCUGGAGGCAGUGUGGAGACAGCCUCUUCUUCCAGGAGUGCCAGAAGAAGCUGGACCACAAACUGUCUCUGGAUGCCUACCUGCUGAAGCCCGUCCAGAGGAUCACCAAAUACCAGCUCAUGCUAAAGGAGAUGUUAAAGUGCAGUAAGGGUCAGGGGAUGGCGGAGCUGGAGGAGGCCUUGGCCACCAUGCUGGACAUCAUCAAGUCUGUCAACGACUCCAUGCACCAGAUCGCCAUCACUGGCUUUGAGGGAAACCUGAGCGAGUUGGGGAAGCUGCUGAUGCAAGGAUCCUUUAAUGUGUGGACCGAUCACAAGAAAGGCCACAGCAAGGUGAAGGACCUGGCCAGGUUUAAGCCCAUGCAGAGGCACCUGUUUCUCUAUGACAAGAUGCUGCUGUUCUGUAAGAAGCGAGAAGAGACCUCAGAUGGACACGAGAAGACUCCGUCCUACAGCUUCAAACACUCACUCAAGAUGAGCGCCGUGGGGAUCACAGAGAACGUCAAAGGCGACAGCAAGAAGUUUGAGGUGUGGUACAACGGCAGAGAGGAAGUUUACAUCAUCCAGGCUCCCUCCAUGGAUGUGAAGAAUAUGUGGGUGUCAGAGAUACGUAAAGUUCUUACAGGCCAGCUGGAAGCAUGCAGAGAAGCCAGCCAGCUCAACAUCUACGGGGCCCCCAUGAGGAAUGUUCGUAAGAUGGCGCUGAAGCAGUCGGAUUCCUCGAGUCCGGAGUCGGGCUUCAGGAGGUCCAACCCCAGUCCCAACAUGAGGCAGAAGAGAGAACCUGCUACUAAGGAGGCAGAGGUUCCCCGCCGCUUCUCCCUCACCUCCUCUCUCGCCUCCUCUUCCUCCUCCUCCUCCUUCGCCACGCGACGCACAAAAGGUCCACUCUCUGCCAGCAUAAAGAGCAAACGGCAUGAGAUUAAGAGCGAUCCCACUCCGUUCGGUUACGAAGAUACUUUGCGUGGCGCUAUGGCUACAGCGGGGAAACGUCAGAGCAUGACUAGCAGCACUACCCCCGCUGCUGGUGGCACCAUCGCCGUCCCUAGAUCCACCUCCCAACCAGGAUGGACCCAGCGGCGGCUCCUCUCCAUGGACACGGAGGACUUUGAGACGAUUCCCUCCAGUGGUGAGGAAUCCUCCAACUCUUCAGAAGACGAAGGCAACAACAAAAACGGUGACAACAGCCGAUUCCGGGUGCAGCUGACCUACGAGUCCCGUGAAGCGAAGGACCUCUCUCUGGAGACGGGCGACCUGGUCCAGUUCCUGGAGGAGGCAGAGAAUGGAAACUGGCUAGUCAAGAAGCUUUUAACAGAGGAGACAGGGCUGGUCCCGUCCAGUAUACUGCACACAGCAUCUGAAGGAGAUAUCUUCAGUGACCUGUGUACAGCGGCGCUCUCGGACUCUGAUGAAAAUGAAGCCAGUACGUGGGGAGACGUGUCUCAGGACAGCUAAUGAACAUGGCUGACUAUCAGAGCUCAUCACAUCAGACUGCAGACCUUUUCUUUUUGUCGGAUCUCAAACAUGGCUGUUAGCCGUCGCUGUAGUUUUUCAACUGUAAUUUCUAAGCUGGACGACUACAAGUUUUCUACUCGUAGUUCUUCUUGAUGGACUGCAAAUAUGACCUGCAAUUGUUUAAUCGACUGUAGUUUUUCAUGUUCGGCUCACUGAGGUUUGUCAGUGAAGCGUCCGGACGAAGCUGGAACAUCCACACGUCUGAGCGCCAUCGUGGGGAAGCCAUAGCAGGAGGCACCAGCUGUUGUCUGUGGGGAACUGAAGACUGCACAGAUGUGAAAACUGAACUUUACAUCCAAAACUACGCCUACGUACUGUAGAAAAUGCUGGAUACCUAAAAAUUCAAAUCCCUGUUCUGAUCUGGACGACCUGGGGAGUACUGGGUGAUAAAUUCCAUGUGCUGGUUGCAAACAGGCCUUUGGCAAUGUGCCAUGUUUUGCUGCUAACCUGCACGAAAGCAGAACUUCUUCAGACCAGAUUCUGGUCCUCUGUCGCCCCGUUUUAGCUGCUUCAGCUUUUCAGGUUCAAACUACAGACACCUCACAGUAGCUGCUAGAGGUCGUCCUGUUUGCUUUUCUUCGUGCGGGUAGAGCAUAAAUUCAUUACAUCAGAUACAAUAACUUCAGGAAGUUUUCAGACUCCUUCUGUUUUUGCACACUGUCCUGCUGAUAGAUGAACAGCCAGCCUCAGGUUUCUUUCUCUCUGCAUUUGACUGCAUUCUGUCUCCAUUCAGUUCUGUGAUUCCCUGUGUCCCUGUAGCAUGAUGCUGCCACCACCGUGUUCACUCCAGGGAUGGUGUUCGCCACACGAUGAGUGCCUGCUGUUCACCAGAUGCAGUGCUCGGACUUCUGCCCAGAGAGUUUAGUUUUUGCCUCAUCAGAGAAUUUAUUUUCCUUUUGCUCUGUGAGUCAUUUAAAUGCAGUUUAGUGAAGUCCAGACAGGCUGUCGUGUGCACCACCAGGCACUCCACCACAAAGGCCUGAAGUGCUGCUGAGCCGCUUGUCCUUCCAGCAGGUUCUCUCAUCUCUGGAGAGGACUUCUGAAGUUCUUUCAGAGUGACUGCUGGGUCCCUCGUCACCUCCCACAUCAAGGACCUUCUCACUUGGUUGCUCAGCCAACUGUGUGAAGUGUUCUGGGGGUUCUGCACUUCUUCCAUUUCAUUGUUAUUGAGGCCACUUUGCUUCUUAUUAUCAUCACAGCAAAGCGUGUGACUGCUUUCUGCCUGUAUAUAUUUUUUACCCAUUUAGAAUGAAAUGUUGAACACAGAGAAGUGUGCACAAAGCAAACGGAUCUGAAUACUUUCUGAAGCGACUAUUUUCCUCACAGAUUAUCCUAAAUGUCUGAACCUGAGUGGUCAGACAGACAGCUUGUGGAUGGCUCAGAAAGCUGAAUAUGUAUUAUAUUUUCUACAUGCAUAUGACUAUAUAAAAUGCAUAACAACACACAUAUUGGUGAUAUGCCUGCUGUAGGUCUUUAUGUUACCACAAGGCAGAAACUGCCUCAUAAAGUUGAUAUAACUAACAUUUGAGCAAAGACUUGCCUCUUCUGACAUUAAGCAGACAUGAAGUUAGAUUGGGAUUCUGUUGGAGACAUGUUUAUGCCAACCUGACUAACGUAAGUCCAACGUUCUAGCAGUGUUUCCAUGAUGUGCAGCUUUCUGCUUCAUCCAGAAACAAGGCUGAUGAGUGGUGAGAGCCAGGAGGGAGGGAAGGCCUCAGUACCAACACAACGAGCUAAAAGAUGCCUGGACUGGAGCAGAGCUGCAGGUUGGGUGACAGAUCUGACUGGUUGUACAUAAAAAACAUGUUGAUUGGUUCAACUUGAAGUAUCAGAGUUUUCUAUAUCAGGGCUGCAACAUUUGAGAAAAUCUAAUUCUUACAGAAUUUCCUUCAUCAGCUAAUGAUAGCUUAACUACUCUCCAGCAGAAAAUAUGAGGAAGAAACAAAUCAAUUCCAGUGUGUUUUCCAUUUGACUCUUUGUGAAACGCACACAGAAGAACGCCAGACGUCUUUUGAUGGAAAUGCAGAACAUCUCUGCUUCAGAUGAAUGUGCUGCUGGCGUAGAACAUGCUUUAGAUUCAUCUCAGUGUUCACACAUACAUUCACACAGACUCAUUUCUGCAUAAUGGGAUUUCCACUCCCGAGCUUGUUGGACUUUCUGCAUGCCAACCACGAUCUAUAGACGGGACAUAUUCAAACAUUGUGUUUCUGAUUUGUGCGGUUGUUGUGCACAAUAACUGCAGAAGAUGCUGUCCAAGCAGUCAGAUCCCAGAGUUUGUGCAGGGAGGCUGAUUUAAUACAGAGAAAGCUCAUUUUGAAUGGAUAAUAUUCAGGAUAUUGUAUUAAUUCACGCUCACACGUCUCUUCUUGUCUUGUUGAUUUAUCUCCAAAUCCAUACAGCAGCGGCUAAUUGCUGGCAGUGUACUCGAUCAGUAGCUACAUCGAUUCUAUUCCAACCUUGAAUUUCAUUGAAGGAUUUGAGCGUCUGUUUAUUCUGCUGAAUCUAAGCAAUAGUUCAGCUUUGCUGCACGUUAUCGGAUUCAUGGGAGUCUUUUGAAGUCCUUGCUGAAAGAGCUUACACCGGUGUUUUUGUUGCUGAGAAAUUAGCAUUUGUUUGCAAUGUGCGAGCAUUGACACUUUAAGUCAGGCAGGCUGAAAGGCAUUUCUCUGACAGACGGCGCUUAUGUCCUUUUUUUCUGAAGUAAACUACAGCAUGUUGUGGGAAAAGUCAGGGAGCUGUUUUUUCAGGGAAAUAUUUUUUAGUAAGCAGCACCUGUCUCCUCCCAUCAGCUGUAGGUUCUUCUAUGAGGAAAACAGUUGUGUACACUGAACGUGGAACACGGUGAGCGCCAGGAGGACGUUCUGCUCCAUGUAAAUAAACAUCAGUGUUAGUCCAAUGUUGCAGCUGUUGGGGAUUUUCUGUAUGACUGCUGUAUUGCAUUUCUACUGACAGACUGAACUCUGUAGACGAGUCACUGGGACGGCAGCAUGAUGCAUCGCAGGAAGGAGAGUUGCUCAUCUGGUUUACUUUUAUUUUAUGACAAAGGAGAAACGGAAAAAGGAAACCAAAUCGUAGGAAACCAAGUCAUUCACCUGACCAGUGAAUGCAUGUCAGAACACUUCAUGUAGUGACUGGGAUCAGUGUUUAGGAACGCUAGCCUUGAUCAGCGACUAGAACAUGAAUAGCUGGCGGAUGGAUCGAUGCGUGAAUGGAUGGAUAAGUCGAUGAGUGGGUUGAUGGAUGGAUGACUGGUGGGUGUUGGACAGAUGGGGGAAGACGGUCGGUUGGCCAAGUGAGUGGACAGAUAGACGUUUAAAUGGAUUACCAUUUGUAAGAUAGGGAGGAACUGAAUUAAAGGUCAUAUGCAUUGAAAUUCUGAUUGUAAAGAAACACACUCCUCUUGAACAUGCUGUAUAUUUGAUUUGUCCGACGGUAAAUGACAAAUGCUGUAUCUGUUAAUGAAAAUAUUUCUGUUCCACUGCAUCAUGCUGCAGCUGAACUGCCCCAAUAGCCCUAUUAUAGAAUGUACCCAGUAUGUAUAUUGUACCUGUCAUUGUAAUGUAAAUAUUGCUUUAUUGUGAUAAUAUGCAUUUACAAUAUGAAUUUUGUCACCUUUUUUUGUAUUUUUAACUUAUUCCAUUAUUCCAAACUCACCACGUGUUACUUCCUACUGAAAACGGAAAGUUUCUACCAGCGCAAGACGACCACACACGAUCAGAUAUCAGCCGCUAUGCAUAAAGGACACGAGCUCACCACAUUUAAAGGUGCAAUUAUUGUAUAUAAAAGUGAAGGAACGGAGCAGAAAAAACCUGUUUUGGAAACAGAUGUUUGGUGGCUGUGUGAUCAUUUUCCUUCUCAGUAUCUCUCAACGUUUCUUGCUCUGUUUGCACUGGAGGAAUGGUUUUGUGCCAGUAAAUUAAAGUAAUCCAACAAGUUACCUUCCA